CCUCUCCUCCCUGCCUGUCAUGUCCUCUAAGCCAGAGCCAAAGGACAUCCACCAGCCGAACGGUACUGGCCCUAUUCCCUCUCCCUGCUCUUCGGAUGGCCCUGGGCGAGAGCCCUUGGCUGGGACCUCAGAGUUCCUGGGGCCCGAUGGGGCCGGGGUGGAGGUGGUGGUGAUUGAGUCUCGAGCUAAUGCCAAGGGAGUUCGGGAGGAGGACGCACUGCUUGAGAACGGGAGCCAGAGUAAUGAGAGUGACGACAUCAGCACAGACCGCGGCCCUGCGCCACCCUCCCCGCUCAAGGAGACCUCCUUCUCCAUUGGACUGCAAGUGCUGUUCCCCUUCCUCCUGGCAGGCUUUGGGACCGUGGCAGCUGGCAUGGUGCUGGACAUUGUGCAGCACUGGGAAGUCUUCCAGAAGGUGACAGAGGUCUUCAUCCUGGUGCCUGCACUGCUGGGGCUCAAAGGGAACUUGGAAAUGACCCUGGCGUCGAGGCUGUCCACUGCAGCCAACAUUGGACAAAUGGAUACACCUAAGGAGCUCUGGCGGAUGAUCACGGGGAAUAUGGCCCUCAUCCAGGUACAGGCCACGGUGGUGGGCUUCCUGGCAUCCAUCGCAGCCGUUGUCUUUGGCUGGAUUCCUGAUGGCCACUUCAGUAUCCCGCACGCCUUCCUGCUGUGCGCCAGCAGUGUGGCCACAGCCUUCAUUGCCUCCUUGGUGCUGGGUAUGAUCAUGAUUGGAGUCAUCAUUGGGUCUCGAAAAAUCGGGAUCAACCCAGACAACGUGGCCACGCCCAUCGCUGCUAGCCUGGGCGACCUCAUCACCCUGGCACUCCUAUCGGGCAUCAGCUGGGGACUCUACCUGGAAUUGAAGCACUGGCGAUACAUCUACCCCCUGGUGUGCGCCUUCUUUGUGGUCCUGCUGCCUGUCUGGGUGGUGCUGGCCCGAAGGAGCCCAGCCACAAGGGAGGUGUUGUACUCAGGCUGGGAACCUGUCAUCAUAGCCAUGGCCAUCAGCAGUGUGGGCGGCCUCAUCUUGGACAAGACUGUAUCGGACCCCAACUUUGCAGGAAUGGCUGUCUUCACACCUGUGAUUAAUGGUGUUGGGGGCAAUCUGGUGGCUGUGCAGGCCAGCCGCAUCUCCACCUUUCUCCACAUGAAUGGCAUGCCAGGGGAGAAUUCCGAGCCAACUCCUCGCCGCUGCCCUAGUCCGUGCACCACCUUCUUCAGCCCUGACGUGAAUUCACGCUCGGCCCGGGUCCUCUUCCUCCUUGUGGUCCCCGGACACCUGGUGUUCCUCUACACCAUCAGCUGUAUGCAGGGUGGCCAUACCACCCUCACUCUCAUCUUCAUCACCUUCUACAUGACAGCUGCACUGCUUCAGGUGCUGAUUCUCCUGUACAUCGCAGAUUGGAUGGUGAACUGGAUGUGGGGGCGGGGUCUGGACCCGGACAACUUCUCCAUCCCAUACUUGACUGCUUUGGGGGACCUGCUUGGCACUGGGCUCCUAGCACUCAGCUUCCAUGUUCUCUGGCUCAUUGGGGACAGGGACACAGAUGUUGGGGACUAGCUUAGCCACUCAGCCCUUCCCCUCACCCCUCUGCACUUUCUAUUUGUUUUUUUGUUUUUGUUUUUGUUUUUUUUUUUCCUUUUGUUUCCCUACUCCAGCCUACACUACACUCCCACAUCUUUCUGGGAUAUCACUUUGCUACCAAAUUCUCAUUAUUUUCAAUGGGAAUUUUUUUAUACAUCAAGCCAAGCUUGGAUAGCAAGAAUUCAGGAAGGACAGAUGGACAGAAACAAGUAGUUAAAGUAGACUUUUGAGAUAAUCACCAAGUGCAAUUCCAUGGUGGGUACCUCCAGGUGAGGUAGAUGGGGACCUUGGCGUUCUGUCUGACAUCUGGGGACCUUUGGAUUAGCUUUAGCAACCUUGGCCUUGGCCCUUAACAAGAAACUCUGGGCUCUGGGUUGUUUUCAGUUUGGUUGAACCGAGAGAUGAGGGAUAAUUAACACUCCACACAUACUUUUACAGAAGUGGACCAACUGCACAGCACUGGGCAGGAGAAAGUUGCUUUAGGUCCUAACAAUCACAGCCCUGCUGUUCCAGGCCAACCUGCACGCAGAGUCAGGUGAACUGACUGUUCUGUCUGCGCACAUGGGCCUGAUUGCCGCCCAGCUGCCUGGGCUUUCAUGGAUCAGUGUCAGCCAUAGGUUUCGAAUGGUCCACACUCCCCCUGCGUCUAGAGACCCUAGUGCCUGUUCAAGCUUCCUCUCUAAUUGUCUCCAAGCACUCCCAUUCCCCACAGCUUGCCAGAUGGGCUUCUAAAACUGGAGACAGGACAAGGAAAUGUGGCAAAUGAGGUUGAUGCAACCUGGGGGUGUUUCACUGCUGUUUCUCAUGAGGACAUAACCGCAUGGUCUGUCAUGGCCUCUGCUACUUCCUAAAAGCACCCAUUUUAUCAUACUGAGGUCAGUUGGCCUUUCUCUUUGCUCCUGCCUACUGACAUUUGUCAUCCAUUCACUCAUUCAGCAAAUCUCAGCCUCCCCCCUCCCAUGAGCCUUUCCAUGGUGUGGCCUAUGGUAAUUCUCCAUCGAGCAAUAGUUAUGGGGUGGCCACUGUGUUAGGUACAGUGCCAGGCAUUGACUAGCCAGUGCUAACCUCAUCUCAUUCCCUAGGUUACAGAGGCCAUGUGCCCCUUUCAAUCUGGCAGUAAAAGUUCCCUCGAUGUAGGUAUCUGUGCCUACUUCAAGGCAGGUUCUUGCCUCGUUCCCUGUUUAGAGCGGAACUCUGCAGUGAUUGCCAGCCCCGUUACUCUGGCAGUUUCAUGCCCUAAAAUCCCCUCCUUCCCGUCUCUAUGUGUCUCACUACACACUCAGAAGAGAGUUUGGAACGAGCAAGCUGGGUGUCAGGCAACUCUUUGGCACCUGCCUGUGACUGAUUAGAAGCUGGGGUACAGAAGCUGGGAUACCAUCUCCACACAUUGCUCCAAACGACUCAACGACUGGGCUGCAGGCUCCCUUCGAUCCUGUUUGUCAUGAGCCCAUAGACUCUUCCCCUAUAGAACCUAAAGGAUCGGCCUCCAAGGAAAGGACUAAGCUGUGCCUGGACCUUCAUUCCCCCCUCCCCCCUCAUCACCUGAAAUCAUAGAACCUUAGAAUUGGAAGGAGUCAAAGGUUAUCUAGUUGGAGUUGUGUCAAGUAGAUUAAUACCAAUCUGGGCUUGUUUCUGCUCUUCCCUCUGGCCUAACGCCACCUCAAAGCACGAACUUAUGCAGGCACCACACCCCAAGACUGUGACCCCAGAAUGCCCCAGCCACUUACCAUAUCCUGAUUUCUGGUGUUGGAUCAGGUUGUCUAGAGACUGAAGCAUCCCUCUUCCUUUGCCCAGUAAACAGAAAGGUAGGCACCCCCCAGGCUCAGCAGGCUAGCAGAGGAGGGCUGGAGUGACGGGGAAGUUGAUGUCAGUAGAUCAGUUCUCUCUUCCUGCUGGGUUACACCUAUUGCAUGCACUUUUGGCCUGAAACAAAAUUGGUUUACUUUCAUACCCUUCAAAAGUUACAGAACUGUGUCUUCAGAGAAUUAUUUAUAGUUGCUAUAACUGAAUUGACAGGUGUCGACUUAACUGAUAAAUUAUAUUUGGUAAAAUAAAGUGGAAGUUUAUUUCGA